UUGCUUUUCCGAAGGCAAAGGGAUGCCAAAGCUCUCACCCCACCAUUACCAACCGCCAUUUCUUCAGCUUAAAGCUUUUUCUUUCAUAAUUUGUACUAUCCAUGCCCCAUUGUACUCAUUGUUAGCUAAAAAGAGAAGACAAAAGUGAAACAGAGGAGAAUUACCUGCCAAGGUAAGAGAUUUUAAAGGCAAUGGAAGUGGGCAGGAGGAGAUCAGAUGCAGGAGUACUCAGGACUGGGAACACUGUGGUUGCAGGGUCAGUGUGGGAGAGCAGAAUGAAGCUUGAUGAGGUCAGAGGUGGGAUGAAGGUCUUCAAUGGUGACCAGGAGAAUUCUGAAGAGAGCAGCAGCACUACUAGUAAUGGGGUGUCUGCAACAACUCCUAGGACAAGGCUGAAGAGGGGUCAAUCUCUUGGUGGAGCAGUCAAUAAUGGGAAGAGGAAGACUUGGAAUUCUGAUACUGGGAAAUCUGAGUUGAAGAGUUCUGAUGAGAAGUGCAAGGAGUUGAGUGUUUCUGUUGAUGGGAUCAAGAACAGUCCAAGUCAAGUGAGGUCUGUGAGGAGGAUUAGAUCUGAGGGAAGCAGGGAGAGUCCAAAUGGGGUUGUUGGGAGUAGGAGGACAAAGAUUGAACUGGUGAAAAGUGCUAGUGAUUUGGGUAAGGAUGAGGGGAACGAGAAGAAUUUGGGUCAGUUGAGGAAGGUGAAAUCAGAGUCUACUAAGGGGGGUGAUUCUCCUGGCAAUGCUGUUCAGUUGAGGAUGGUGGAAUCAGAGUCGAAUAAGGCCUCCCCUGAUGAAUUUGAUAAGGAUGUUGAGAAUUCUGUUGAGGUGAUUGAGAAAAUCCCAGUUGAGGAGGAGGAGAAUGGAUCCAAUGAGAAUUGCAAGGAGUUUGGAGUCUGCAAAGAAAUGGUGAUUCCAAGCAAUGUGAAUGUGGUCAAAUCUGAUCCAGCGGAAUUGGUGAAUGAUGUUGUUGCUGAUGAAGAAGAUGGCGAUGAAGAAGAAGAUGAGUUGGAGGAAGAGAUGGAUGAGGAAAUUGAUGUUGAAGUUGAAAAUAUAAGCCUUGAUAUUAAGGAAAUCAAUGCACCAGUACAGGUGAAAGAACCAGCUGUACAAGAGAAAGCCCCAGUUCAAGAGAGAAUAAGCAAGAUUGUGAAUGAAGUGAAGGUAGUGAAGGAAGUUAAGAAGUUCCAAUUUGACCGCAAAUCAAGAAAUCAAGAAGUGAAAAAGCUUCAACAUGUUCAUCCAAAGCCAGAAACAAUCUCCCUUAAUCUGAAAAAGCAGUCUCCUGUUAUGAGGCGUGCAGCAGUCUACUCAAAUCUCCCUAAAAAUACAUCAUAUGCAGCUUCGAAUGAUCAGUACCAUAGCUUCCCAGAAAGACAUAGCAAUUUGCAAAGUUUAGUGGAUUUAGUAAUGUGGAAAGAUGUAUCAAGAUCAGUUUUUAUAUUCGGAAUCGGAACAUUUGUGAUACUAUCAUCCUCCUACAUGAAGGAUCUAAAUAUCAGCUUCAUUUCUGUCAUAUCAUAUAUGAGCCUCGUUUAUCUGGCUGUAAAAUUCCUCUUCAGGUCCAUAAUCUGCAGGGGAGCUUAUGAAGUAGAAAAUGCAAACUCUGUGGUGGGUGAAGAAGAAGCAAUUUGGUUACUGAAACUGGUCCUGCCUUACUUGAAUGAGUUCCUGCUAAAGUUUAAAGCUUUGUUUUCUGGUGACCCUGCCACCACAAUUAAGUUGGCAGUGCUGCUCUUUGUUUUGGCCAGGUGUGGCAGCUCCAUAACCAUUUGGACUAUGGCCAAAGUUGGCUUUUUCGGAGUUUUUACCGUACCAAAAAUCUGUUCUUUGUAUUCCACCCAGAUAACAAUUUACGCUAAAUUUUGGGGUCGACGGUUUCGGGAUGCUUGGGACUCCUGCACUCACAAGAAAGCCGUAACCGUUGGGAUCUUUCUACUAGUAUGGAACCUGUCUUCAGUCGGGGCUCGAAUUUGGGCAGCGUUCAUAUUGGUGGUGGCGUUCCGGUACUAUCAGCAGAAGUUGGUGACGGAGGAGUGGGUGGAAGAGGAUGUAGCAGAAGAAGAAGGAGCUGAAGAUACUUGGCAAGGAGCCACUCCAGUUGAUUGAUAUUCACAUCACUAAACAAAGGAAAGGAUUCUGAAAGUAUAUACAUAUAGGGAUAUCUCAUAUAAAAAUGACGCACUGUCAUCUCCUGCAUUUCUGUGUUUUAGUCCCGUUGAUUUACUGUAAAUAUUAGGGACAUUUGUUCAUUCUGUCAUACUAACAAGUCUAGGAGGACAUUGUGAGUUCGUGAACAAAUAAGUACUUCACAUUACGUGUACCAUUACAAAUAUAUAUAUAUAUAUAUAUAUAUA